AUGUUUGAUGACACUGUAAAGAAGAAUGUGCCAGGAUUCGACUGGUCACCCGAAGAGCAGCAUCAGCUUGAAAUGUACAAAUACAAAAUGAUGGUUCUAUGGGUAGUGUCAACGGUAGGCGUACUUCUCUGUAUGGUUAUCGUUAUUCCACAAUUUUUCGAUUUCAACGAUAAACGUGGAAAUCCGAGUCAUCUGUGCCUUGUUCAUCGACGAUUGGCAUGGCUGUUGUUCUUCGUGAUGGCGGUGUUCGUAACGACCAUGUGUCUGGCAGUACUAUGGGCUUGGCAUGGUGGAGGAGCAGCGUCACGAUCGUUUCAUGAACAUUUCGCAGCUGCCGAGAAGGAGGAGAUCUUUCUCACGGAACUCGAAGAAAGCUUCGACUGUACGAACGACGAUGACAAGGAGGUGCCUGAUGAGCAUGUGAGCGUGGUGUGA